UACCCUCCUCAACUCUCACUCAAUGCGUACAAAGAUGGCGGAAGUGGAGGAACGGAGAAACCUGUUGGGUAGCGAUGAUGAAGGUGAUAACGUUUCGUUUUCAGACACCACGGAUGGACCGGGACCGAGGAGAACAAUGUCCGCUAUAACCGAUCCGAGUCGGUUGCCACACCGAAUUAUCGUCCUUAGUUUUAUGUGCUUUCUGGGAUUCGGAAGCUACUUCUGUUAUGAUAAUCCCGCAGCGCUGCAAAAACAAGUUGUUCAGGACAUGAACUUGAACACAGUUCAGUUCAUGCAGCUGUAUUCCUGGUAUUCAUGGCCAAACGUCAUUCUCUGUUUCCUGGGAGGGUUCAUGCUGGACAGGGUGUUUGGCAUCAGGUUGGGAACCAUCAUCUUCGCGCUGUUUGUCUUUGUUGGACAGGUGAUCUUUGCGUCCGGUGCUCUGCUGAAUAGGUUCUGGUUGAUGGAGGCCGGCCGGUUCGUGUUUGGGAUCGGAGGGGAGUCCCUGGCUGUGGCCCAGAACACCUAUGCUGUGAACUGGUUCAAAGGGAAGGAGCUCAACCUGGUGUUUGGUCUCCAGCUUAGCAUGGCCAGACUGGGGAGCACAGUCAACAUGAACAUCAUGGGCUGGGUGUACAACAGAGUAGGAGACCUGGUGGGGUCAGCAGGAUACACCACACUGGGAGUCUCCCUCAUGAUUGGUGCGUUGACCUGUGUGUUCUCCCUGGUGUGUGCUCUGGUGUUGGCUGUCCUGGACAGGAGAGCAGAGAGGAUCCUCAACAAGGAGCAGAGCAACACCGGGGAAGUGAUCAAGCUGACUGAUGUAAAAGACUUCCCCUUCCCUCUCUGGCUCAUCUUCCUCAUCUGUGUGGGCUAUUACGUAGCCAUCUUCCCCUUCAUCGGCCUGGGACAGGUGUUUUUCAUUGAGAAGUUUAACUUCUCUCCCGCACAAGCCAGAGCUAUAAACAGUGUUGUGUACAUCAUCUCUGCCCCCGCUUCCCCACUGCUGGGCUUCCUGGUGGACCGCACAGGCAGGAACGUGCUGUGGGUUCUCUGUGCAGUUGUGUGCACUCUGCUCGCUCACAUGAUGCUGGCCUUCACCUUCUGGAACCCCUGGAUCGCCAUGUCUCUCCUAGGCUUGUCAUACUCCCUCCUGGCCUGUGCUCUGUGGCCCAUGGUGGCCUUCGUGGUGCCAGAACACCAGCUGGGGACCGCAUACGGCUUCAUGCAGUCCAUCCAGAACCUGGGGCUGGCCCUCAUCUCCAUGGCAGCAGGUUCCAUCCUGGACAGCAGAGGAUACCUCUUCCUGGAGGUCUUCUUCAGCGCCUGCGUCUGCUUGGCUCUGAUUGCCGCGGUGAUGCUGUACUUUGUGGACUAUCUCCGAGGUGGAGAUCUGAACCUGUCAGCUUCAGCCAGAGCCAAACUCCUCAAAGACACUACUCCUGAGGCAGAAUGACAGGUGUCAGACAUGCCUUGGGCCCUUCCCCCGUCCACCAGGACCACUGACCAAGCCAAUCAUCUUAACUGACACUCCUCCUUGCACUUAACUGACCAAUCACAGACAAGAUGCUGACCGCUUUGGCUGGCCAAUGGCUGACUGUUUCCUGUGGAAGCUAGCCAAUGGCUGACUGUUUCCUGUGUUGGCUUACCUCAUCCCAACUUCUGCCCCACAUCUCCUUCUACACAAACUACAGGACUUUUAUUCUCUUUUUUUCCCGUGCCAACUUCAUUCUGGCAGGUUUUUCUGCUGAGGUACUGAUGAUGGACUGGGAGGAGGCGAAAUGGACUUGAUUGUCUAUGAGUAUCGAGGAGUCUGCUUUGAUUAGCCUCAUGAUUUCAACGUUUUUUUAAUUACUUUUAUUUCUUUUGGUGGGGGAGGUGAAUUCACAACAACCUCUUCAUCUCCUGUUUUACCGUCACACUGACCACAUUUAUGUUCAUUUUAUCACCAUCUUUACCGAAGUUAAGAUCGUCUUCUCCUAUUACUUCGUUCUUUAAACUCUGGUUCUCGGUGUGUGUGUGUGUGUGUGUGUGUGCAUGCCUGCGCAUGACCGGAUGCAGAGGCUCAUAAACCAUACUCUUUAUGUCCUCCUUGACAAGCGUUCGUGACGACGGGCUCUGACAGGCCUGGGGUUGUGAACAUCCCUCCGCUGCAGGGAAACGUUCAGAAUGAACCGCUCGACUUGGUAAUGUUGUGUUCUAAAUGACCUUAGGCCGAAUCCCAAUUCUCUGUCUUACCCCUACCCCUUAGUUUUGCGCGUUCACGUGAAAGUAAGUGGUGUCCCAAUACUCUUUUUGAUCGAGGGGUAAGGGGUAGGGGUACAUACCAGCCUUGGAAGCCAGUCCCUCCAAGGCAACCAGCAGGAGACCAGUCUCAGUGCUCUCCCAGGUCCUGACCAGGAACAGGGCAUGAGAGAGAUCUGGUCUGCAUGUUUAUAUUUGGGUUGUUUGUGGAGGAAACAUUUGUGAGCUUGAGGAGAACAUGCUGUCCACAGAAACCACUCCUGACCACCAUGCAGGGCCCCGUGCGGGAAUCAAACCCUGGACCUUGUCUUGGGGUGGGUUGUAGAAUUGAACAGUUUGUGAGGAUGGCCCCUUGGUGACAGUGGUGUGGAAUGUUUUCCAAGUAUUACAAGGGAUGUUUUUUUGGUGCCAAUUGAUCAAUCUCAGGAAUUAGCUUUUUAAAAUGUUGUUUACAGAGCUCUAAAUGAUUUGGGAGGUGUUUUAACCAUUAGGACUGUGUUUAUUUCUACUCUAGCCUAACUCCGGGAUAUUGGGCUGCAGGGAACUGUGGACAACCACUUUGACAACACGGGUUUAGCAUGAGAUGGCACUGGUUUAAUGUUAGCGGUCAGCUUAGCUUCAAUGUUAGCAUUGUUAGCUGAUGACUUGGCUGUAAUGUCAGCUGUUGAGCUUUGCUUUAAUUUCAGCUUUCGUAACUGUUAGCCUCACUUUCAUUUUAGCUUUGCUUUGCUACAAUUGUAGCCAUGUUAGCUUUUCUUUUAGCGCUGUUUGAUUGUUCCUGCUGGAAGAUCUGCUGUGGGUGGCGGCCUGCUGGGCAGACUGCGCUCCAACAGAGCUCAUGUGACCUCCACAGGUCAAAGGUCGUCAUGACCAGGUCUCCAUCUUCCUCCCAGUUGUCAUACCGACAUGGUUGACCGCCAUGUUGGAGGUCAAAUUAUAGAUAAACACCGAAUCGUUACUGGCGUCAAGAAUCAAGUAUACUAGAUACCACACUGUAUAAUCUGAUGUAUUAUUCUGUAUUCUCUGACAAAUUACAGAUAUACACGAAAAUAAAAUGAUGUUUUCAAAAA